UCCUCCCUACCCGUGGUCCUUACCCAGGGUGAUCCUUCCCCCCAGAAAAGAAAAGCAUCUUUCAAGCUCAGAUUUGUUUUGAAACUAUCCUCAAGUUCCACCUCUCCUCACUGAUUCUGGAUUUCUGUAUGACCAGAUCCCUAUCCUGAGUAUACUGAGUGGAAAUAAGAAGAGAACAUCUCAAUCCCUGCUGCCCUCUCCAGAAAUUUACUGGUUGAAUCACAGGAUGGCAGCCAUUGUUCUGUCACCCACUUGUGCUCAGUCUUAUUCCCUUUACCCAGUGUUGCAUGAGAAAGGAUCCAGAGAGGACAAAGGAUUGGCCAACUGGUAUCAGGACUUGGUGACCUUCAAAGAUGUAGCUGUGGAGUUCACCCAGGAUGAAUGGGCAUUACUGAACCCUUCUCAGAGAACACUUUACAGAGAUGUGAUGCUGGAGAACUGCAGAAACCUGGCAUCACUUGGGAAUCAAGUUGAUAAGCCCAGUCUGAUCUCCCAGUUCGAGCAAGAUGACAAGGUAUCAGGAAAAGAGAGAGGAAUUCUCUCAGGUACCUGUCCGGACAGGAGUCACUUUGGAGUGAAACUCAAUGAAUGUAAUCAGUGUUUUAAAGUGUUCAGCACAAAAUCUAACCUUACUCAGCAUAAGAGAAUUCACACUGGAGAAAAACCUUAUGACUGUAAUCAGUGUGGAAAAUCCUUUAGCAGUAGUUCUUACCUUACUGUUCAUAAGAGAAUACACAAUGGGGAGAAACCCUACGAAUGCAGUGACUGUGGGAAAGCCUUCAGUAAUCCUUCAUCCCUUAGACUGCAUGUGAGGAUUCACACUGGAGAAAAACCCUAUGAAUGUAAUCAGUGUUUUUAUGUCUUCCGCACUAGAUGUAUUCUCAAAAGGCACAAGAGAGUUCAUACUGGGGAGAAUCACUAUGAAUGUAAUCAGUGUGGAAAGGCCUUUAGCACAAGCUCCUCCCUUACUGUGCACAAUAGAAUUCAUACAAGGGAGAAACCUUAUGAAUGCCAUGACUGCGGGAAAGCCUUCAGGAAGUGCUCACAUCUGACACAGCAUGUGAGAACUCACACUGGAGAAAAACCGUAUGAAUGUAGUCUGUGUGGAAAAUCAUUCAGCAGUAGCUUUUCUCUUACUGUGCACAAGAGAAUACAUAAUGGAGAGAAACCCUAUGAAUGCAAUGACUGUGGGAAAGCCUUUAAUAAUCUCUCAUCUGUUAAGAAACACUUGAGAACUCACACUGGAGAAAAACCCUAUGAAUAUACUUAUUGUGGAAAAUCCUUCAGCAGUAAUUCUUACCUUUCUGUGCAUAAGAGAAUACAUAAUAGGUCGGUAUGA